UGCCGCGCAUGUAAAGAAGUAGGCCUUGUGUAGCAUGUAUGUAAAUGCCCCAAUAUCUAUUCAAUUUUCGUUAAGAGGGAAAGCAACGCCGUUGGGUAACUUUGAGCCACGUUUGGCUAAGGACCGCAUCCGCCAGCGCCACUUGCACGCCAUGCAAGUGGGAAACCAGCUACAGAGCUCAAAAUUUAUGGUCGCCAGCCCCCCGAUAUCGGCUGUUGUAGGGAUUAAAGGAUUGUAGUUAUCUAAAUUUUCAAUGUCUUUAUCUCUUGCCCCCUCUUUUUGCAUCAGAACGAGCCCCUUCUGCCAGAGGCGGUGUUGUCGUCGGUCUACGCUGUUUUAUUUCCAUGAAGGAAGCAAAACUGGAAUUUUGAAGAGGAGAUUGUUUUCCAGAGGAAUCGCCUUAACCGUGUUCUGCUCCUUGCUAAGCGAGAAUUCCGUUGGAGGGAUGGAGAAGCUUGCCUUCCGGCCAGAAGGUUAUGACUUUUGGACAUGGAGAGGUCACAGGAUACACUAUGUUGAGCAAGGCCAAGGGCUUCCUAUUGUUCUUAUCCAUGGAUUCGGUGCUUCAGCUUUUCACUGGAGGUACAACAUCCCAGAGCUGGCAAAGAAGUACAAGGUAUAUGCUUUAGAUUUGCUUGGAUUUGGAUGGAGCGAGAAAGCAAUCAUUGAAUACGAUGCAACAAUCUGGAGGGACCAGGUGGCUGAUUUCAUCAAGGAUAUAGUCAAAGAGCCUGCAAUUUUAGUCGGGAAUAGUCUUGGAGGAUUCACAGCUUUGUUUACAACGGCAGAGUUGCCUCAGCUUGUUCGGGGUUUAGUUCUCCUUAACACUGCUGGCCAAUUUGGAGACUCAAACAGAAAGCCAGCAAUCAAUGAUGAAGGGUCAGUCCUAUAUAAGUAUAUGGUCAACCCAGUGAAGCAGGUGUUCCAAAGAGUCGCUCUUGGCUUUCUAUUUUGGCAAUGGAAGCAGCCCGCACGAGUCGAAUCAGUGUUGAAAAGUGUCUAUAUAGAUACCUCCAAUGUUGAUGAUUAUCUUGUGGAAUCCAUUGUCAGACCUGCAAGUGAUCCCAAUGCUGGAGAAGUGUAUUAUCGAUUGAUGACAAGAUUUAUGAUGAAUCAAAGCAAAUACACACUUGAUAGUGUACUGCAGAAGUUGUCAUGCCCAUUGCUACUGCUAUGGGGUGAUCUGGACCCCUGGGUUGGGCCUGCUAAAGCCAUCAGAAUUAAAGAGUUCUAUCCAAAAACGAGCAUUGUGAACUUGAAGGCAGGCCAUUGUCCUCAUGAUGAGGUGCCUGAGCUUGUCAACAAAGCACUAAUGGAUUGGAUAACUUCUUUGGAUCACGAAUCCAGCCUUCAAAUGGCUCAAACUUGAACAAUAGUUGUAGAUUUUGCGUUCUUAAUUUGCAUUGCUGAUUCAUACUGUAGACCCUGCAUUGGAUUAUUAUGAGACUUAAUGAACAGUUUGUUAUUCUGACAUUUUACGUUUACAU